UACAGAAUGUGGGCUUUCCUAACCCUCUGCUGUGAGUGAGCUGAGGCAAGGACAGCUUGGUAACCUGCAGGCUGACACUCCCGGUUAACAGGAAGUGGGUAGAAAAGCCAGGUCUGGGCGCACAGACUUGGAAUGCCAGCGCUUGGGGCUGAUGGGAAGGCUGAGGCAGCCAUGUGGACUGACUGUCCUAGCGAUGCUCUCAUGACGCCCUUCCUCCCCCAGCUUGCUUCCCAGAGCCCUGCCUUGUGUCAAAGAGAAGAAGAGAGCAAUGACCAAGUCACAGGAGGCGGUGACGUUCAGCGACGUAGCUGUGGUCUUCAGUGAGGAGGAGCUGGGGCUGCUGGAUGCUGACCAGAGGAAGCUGUACCGUGACGUGACACUGGAGACCUUCAGGAACCUUCUGUCAGUGGGAGGCCAGAGUGCAAACAAGAUGGACAUUCUUCAUGCAACAGCAUUAAGGCGCCUUUCUAUGGCGUGGCUUCCAAGCUGGCCAGUGGCUAGUGAUGAUGUCAUCAAACUGGCAAGAACUCCAGAAACUUUAAUGAACACUCAAGGAAAGGGUUCUCAAUUCCUGGAGCAGUGCCACUCCUCUUUCCAUGUGGCUGGAGAAGAGCGUCCCAGGGCCUUCAAGGACGGCUGCUGUCUUGAGAGUCUCAAAAGCCACCAUUCCAGCAUUACUGAAAAUCAGGAAUUUCUGUCUGAAAGAGCUCCGACUUCUUGGGAUAAAACACAUCUUACUGUGAGACAGAACCUUCAGCAACACUGGGCACAGACUCUGGUGAAAAACAAGCCACAGUUGUUGGCUCCAGGAAUUGACGUUCUGAGUUGUGUUUCCCACCAGGAUAACAAUAAACCUCACAAGGGAAACAAAGCCCACAGCAGCAUUGGCUGUGGUAAAGUUAUCUUUCCCGAGUCAACCCAGCAUCAUGUUUACACUGAAAGGAAGGCCUCCCAGUGCAGCAAGGGCCAAGAAGCCUUCAUUGACAGCCCCAAUCUGGAACUCCUUCCGCAGGUCCUAUUAGGAAAGGAGUCCCCUGUACCUAGUACACCUGAGGACAAAGGGCAUAGCUCCAGUGUCCCAAGUCAUCAAAGUGUUCAUCCAGGAAAAAAGCACUACUGGUGUUCUGUGUGUAGAAAAGGCUUUAACCAGAGCUCACCCCUGUAUGCUCACCUGCCCACCCAUACAGGUGAGAAGCCAGACAGGUGUGACAGCUGUGGGAAAGGCUUCAGCUGCAGCUCAGAUCUCAGUGUCCACUGCCGAGUGCACUCGGGAGAGAAACCAUACAAGUGUGAGGUGUGUGGGAAGGGCUUCACACGGAGCGGACACCUCCAGAUCCAUGAGAGAACUCACACAGGAGAGAAGCCGUAUACAUGUAGAGACUGUGGCAAAAGUUUCAGCUGUAGCUCGAGCCUUCGCAUCCACCAGCGAGUCCACACUAAGGAGAAGCCAUACGAGUGCAAAGAGUGUGGAAAGUGCUUCAGCUCAAAUUCCAACUUCCACAGCCAUCAGCGGAUCCACACAGGAGAGAAGCCAUAUAAAUGUGAGGAGUGUGGGAAGGGGUUCAGUUCAAGCUCAGUCUUCCAUAGUCACCAGCGGGUCCACACAGGAGAGAAGCCAUUUCGCUGCAGUGUGUGUGGGAAGGGCUUCAGUCAGAGGUCGACUUUUCAAGCUCACCAGAGAGUUCACACUGGAGAAAAACCAUACAGAUGUGACGUGUGUGGGAAGCCCUUCAGCCAGAGGUCCUAUGUCCAAGUUCAUCAGAUAAGUCACACCAGGGAGAAACCGUUCAAGUGUCAGCAGUGUGGGAAGGAAUUCAGCUGGAGCACAGCACUUAGUGCUCACAGGAAGGUUCACACAAGACAGAAACCAUACACGUGUCAGCAGUGUGGGAAAGGCUUCAGUCACGCCUCACACUUCCAGAAGCACCAGAGGGUCCACACUGGGUAGAGGCUCAUAUAUAUGGCAUGUGCUGUGAGAGCCCCAGUAAGAGAUCACAUCUUGUUUACACUGCAGGGAAUGUCUCUUUGUUCUGCUGUCAGGUGUACUCUAUGCUGCUGAUUGUUAAAAGCUCCCCCAAACCCAGAGGCUUUGGGCAUCUUCUCAAGGAAACUGUAUUUGAGUUAUAUUGCCCUCAACUCU